GCGCCCACUGACAGCCUUGGGCCCGAGUGUCCAGCCAGGACGCAGCCCCUGGGAUCUCUGUCCAAAGCCUGGCCUGGGACACACUGGAGCAGGGUGGCACAUUUAUCUUAUCUAUUUUCAUUUCUAUAAUGGUCAGUCAGAGAUGUUUCAGGAGAAAAGAUGGAGAGGUGACCCAAAACCCUUUUAUAGGGUCUGUUUGUAUUUUGAGCCUGUUCUCUGAAUAGGCAGAGAAAAUUUCUAGAUUAUUUAGGUUAUUAUAAAAAUACAGCAAUCAUUUUGGAAGAAUGUGAUGUUGGAAUUCCUGUGUUUAAGAAUUAAAAUUUAUCUCUUAAUUUGCUCUUCAGGAAAUAUAUGGCAGUUCAGCAAUUGAUUUGUAUUAACACUAAGUCAUGUUAUUCCUUAGCACUUGGGUCAAAAAGAAGAAAUAACCACUAACAGCUGAAACAUACAUCUCCACUCUGGCUAGGCAGGAGCAAUGGAGACUUCUGAUGGAGAAAGUUUGGGUGUUGCCACCUCCACCACUUCUGAUGAGUUUGAUGCAGUUGUUGGCUAUCUGGAGGAUAUCAUAAUGGAUGAUGAUUUCCAGUUAAUACAGAGGAAUUUUUUGGAGAAGCACUACCAGGAGUUUGAUGACUCAGAAGAAAACAAGCUCAUCUAUACAGACAUUUUUAAUGAAUAUAUCUCUUUAGUAGAGAAAUACAUUGAAGAGAAGUUGCUCGAUCGGAUUCGUGGGUUUGAUAUGGUUGCUUUCACAGUGUCAUUGCAACAGCACAAAGAUGAAAUGCCAGGUGAUAUAUUUGAUCUGCUUCUCACAUUUACAGACUUUCUGGCUUUCAAAGAAAUGUUCUUGGAAUACAGAGCUGAAAAAGAAGGUCGAAGUCUGGAUUUAAGCAGUGCGUUAGUGGUGACUUCAUUAAACCAUUAAACAAAUCAUUCUGAAGGGA